AUGAUGUCGGAGGCAAUCGCCACCUUGGCGGUUCUCCAUGGGACAGUGGACUCGAAGAACGCAACGUCUCCCGUCAACGCGGCUAAGGACAGCGCCACGUCCAAGGGGACGACGGUGACGACGACGAAGGCACGACAAACGCCAACGAAACCGGUGACCACCACUACCACCACCGUAGCAACGAAGAAACCCUCUGGCAGCCGUGGAACACCACGCACCAGCACCACCGCGAAGCAGGCCGGCAGUGACCGGGAGGCGCGUGGCAAGCGGACGCUCGAGUUCGGCAACUUCGGGAGCACCAACUACAAUUACCCGGGGUCCCCGAUCGCCCAGAGACGCGUAUCCUAUCAGGACCCCGGUCAGUACAGCCACUUCCAGGGCAACUACAUCCAGCCGCAGUACAGCUACCAGCAGCAGCAUCCGCAGGCGCAGGGCAGUCUAGGAUCCUACCAAGGUUUCGACGCGCAGCUCGAUGGCAGCAACUCGAUCGGUAGCUUCCAGUCGCUCGGCCCGGCCGUCCAUCAUCAGCACUACGUGGAGCCGCCGGAGCCGAUCAUCGAGAUCAUCAUCCAGGACGGCAACGAAACGGUGCCCCAAGCCGACCCGCACACUUUCUUCCGGCAGCACAAGAAGAAGAAGGAGGAAGUGCAGGUGUUUUACGUGAAGUACCACAAGGACGAGAAGAACGGGCAGCUGGUGCUGGACGACCCACUGCCGGCCAUCAAGCCGAUUCCGGACGAGAGCGAGGAAGAGGAGGACCCGUCGCAGGAGCCGUUCGUGGUGACGCCGGGCCCGCCGCUCAAAACGACGACGCUCCGGGCGAUCAUCAAUCCGGACUCGGAGAAGUACCACAGCAACAGUGGCAUCCGGAUCUCGUUCGGUGUCAACGAUAAGCACCAGACUGGCCACCAGCUUUCGGAGUCGGAGUCGGAAUCGGUCGCGCAGCCCGUCGUGGCUCUGCCGCAUCCGGGCGAUCAGCGCUCCAAGUCCGAUGUGUUCUACCAGCAGCACCAACAGUUUGUCCAGGGCCAGGCCCAGCAGGAUCGGUCUGUGAGGCAGCAGUACCCGCAUCCGGCACCACCAGCAGCACCGCAGCCGCCGCCACCAGCUCACCAUCAUCAUCAGUUCGCCCCGCAACACUAUCACCACCAUUAUCAGGCGCAACCCUUGGUUCAGCAACCGGAACCGUAUCGGUUCGGACCGGCCACUCCGGCGCCUUACCGGGCGCAACCGGCUCCGCCACCACAGCAGCAGCAGCAGCAGCAGCAGCAUUACCAACAACCUUAUCAACCGCAGCAACAAUAUCAGGCCCCUCAGCCCCCUCAGCCCCAGCGUGUGGUCUAUAGCCAGCCACCACCCCAGCCGCAGCCGCAGCAACAGUUCCAGUUCCGUGGCCAGUUCCAGCCACAGCAACAGUUGCCGCCCCAGCCCCACUACUUCCAACAGCAAGCUCCAGUUCCGCAGCCGCGGCCUCAGCAGGUUCGGUUCCCUCCGCAGCAACCCCAGCAACCCCAGCAAGCUUACUACCAGCCGCAGCCACCGCAAGCCCAACCGCAGCCACUUCAGCAGCAGCCUCAGUUCCAGCGGCAAGAGUACCAACAGCAGCCGAAACCGAUCCCGAUCCCGCUGCAUAACAUCAACCAGCAGCCUCCGCUGCGGCCACAGUACUCCCCUCAGCCGCAGCAGCAGCCGCAGCAGCAGCAGCAGCAGCAACAGUUCAACCAGCCCUUCAACAACUUCCAUCGUCAGCCGACGUCACAGCCCCAACAACAGCCACAACCCCAGCCAUCCUUCCGCAAGCCCCCGCCGCCACCACCUCCACCACCGGCCACCGUGGAACAGCCACCGUUCGUGUCGGCACCCCGGCCUCAGUCUCCGGCCGUGCGAGGCAACUUCUACGAAACGGCACGCCCCGUCCAAGGAGGGCUGGUGCAGCAAGCGGCACCGAACCUUGGCCCAACCCGGGCUCCGGAACGCGAGCACGCGCCCCCAGCACGCACCGCGGCACCCUCCUACAGUGGCCUGUCCGAUAGUGAGCACCUGAGCAACCUGAAGCACGUGCUGCCGGCCGGCGGCGAACUCGUGGCAUCGGUCUCCAAGUACGAGAAGCACAUCACCGAGACGAUCAACGGGCCGGGGCCGGUGGAACAGAGACCCCGACAGCAGCCCCAGCAGCCAUUCGGCCAGCAGUACUACAACAUUCUGCCAUCGCAGGAACUGAUCAGCCACUCGGCCGAGCCGACGAUCGAGACGGUGCCGGCGGCCAAAAAGAACAUUGGCCCACUGGCGUCUUCCAUCGGGCAUCUGCCGACUCCGCAGCGCUACGUCAGCCAACAGGCGGCCCAGAUCAUCCCGAACUCGGAACCGUUGAACUACGCACCGGAACCACGAUUCCGCGGCGGCGGUGGUGAAGCCGUCAGCACGCAGCCAACGGUGGCCACCAGCCGCACGACCUACUCGCCGACCUUCUCGACGACACCGCGCUACCAGACCCCGACCACUCCGACGCCGACGACAACGACGGCAAGGCCGCAGCCGCCAUCGACACCGCGCUCGGUGGCCGAGGAAGCCGAAGCGAACGAGAAGAAGCAGAAGGCACUGUUCGAUCUGCCCGACGAGGUGCCGGAAGAUCUGCGCCAGCAGCUCCUUUCGUCGGGUAUCCUCGAGAACGCCGACAUCAGUGUGCUGGACUACGACAAACUCGGUGAGACGGCCCUGGAGAACCUGCCACCGGAGCAUCUGGCCAACUUCUUCAAUGCCGGCGGUGGCGCCCAGCUGGCCGGCUCCAGUAACGUGCUGUCGGUGGUGUCCCCGAACGGGGACAAGCUGGCGGAGAAGUUCGUGACCAAGAACUACGACGUGAAGGGUAAAGCGGACGAGCGCGAUCGGUACGAGAUCGCGCAGCCGGAUGGUGGUGCGGGCGACGACAACGACGCCGGUGGCAGCGAGGAACCCACGAUCGUAACGAUGCCCGAGCGGCAGCACGUUGACCUGAAGGUGGUGCGGUUCGACUCGAGCAACCCGAAGAACGUGACCGAUCGGUACAUCAAGCCCGAAUCGACGAUCCUGCCGUCGGUGGUGACGGCGAACGAGCAGCCGGAGCGCGAGCGGGACGAAGGAUCGGCGCCGCCGUCGGCGGCCGAGCAGAUCUUUAACCGGUACCUGCCGCUCAAGAUUAACGGGGCGCAGUUCCCGAUUCCGGAUGUGGUGGAGUUGCGUGGUCGGAGGAUCGCUAGCGUUGUGGUGUUGGCCCCGGUCGAUAGUGCUCCGGCUACGGCGAGUGAAGAGACAGGUGGGUUUCUGAUCAACACCGAGGACGGCAGCAGCAGCAGCAGCAGCAGCAGUGACGAGCAGCAGUCGCGGUUCGAGCGGGACGUGCUGCUGGACUCGAAGCGGAUCAAGUUCAUUGCGGGCGAAGCGCUGAAGCAGCUGAUCAAGAAGCCGUCGCGGGACAACUUCCGCCGGUGGCUGGAGCGCGAGGGCAAAACGGACGUCGAUCUGCAGAGUGUGGUGCUGCUGGUCACCAGGAACGCCGACAACGAGCAGGAAAUCUUCAUGUACGACAUCGCGACCAAGGGCGUGACGCACCUGAGCGGCGAGCUGUCAUCGGCGUUCGUGCGGGUGGCCGAAGAGAACGCCCAGACGCAGAAUCUGGACGAGGUGCCGAUCGUUGACAGUGGGAUCGUGGAGCAGAUGGAACCCAAGUCCGCCACAUCCGCGUCAUCGUCGUCGGUGGAGUACGGAGCGUCUGGUCCUGCAACGUCCUCGGAGGAGCAGGACGACGAGGAAGCCGAAGCGUCCGAGCGGGACGCCAUCUACGUGUACCCGGAGAACUACCGGGGCGGGUUGGAGGUGAACUCGGGCUACAGCAACAUCAAGAAGUAG